CAUGUGUGAGGUGAGGUUAUGUCCAGCGGGCCGGUGACGGGAAACAUGGCAGCUCGACGCAGCCCCAGAAAACCUGUAAUAUCACUUGUCAGGGUAGUGGAGAGUGUGUUGGUGUUGUGUGUAGUGACAGUUACAGAAUGUCAGUUCCGUAACGACCGAGAAGACUAUUAUUAUUACAACUCUCGACGUGACCAGCGCCCUGCCUACUCCACCCAACCCUCUGUCCGUUCCCAGUAUAACAGUGGUGACACGUAUUACGGAACUGACCGCCGUUACGACACCCACUACGACGACCCUACGAGACUCCGUGGCUUCGAUAACAAGUACCAGGAGCCUACUUUCCGUUACGGCGAGGGUAAUGUCGACGGACGCCUCGGUAACAGACGCUACGACGCCAGAGGUCGUGAGCGUCCGGGCUAUGACGGACGCCUGUGGGACUCUCGUAAAGAUGGCCAGUUCGGUGUCCUAGACGGCUGGAGGCCUGACCUACAAGGGGAACAGCGACCUGCUGAGAAGCCAGGUCAGAACCUGCCCCUUGCGGAUGUGUUCGUAACCACAGACAGUGGCAAGGUGCAGGGCUUCUAUGUGUACCUCUACGACAAGCCUGGAGUAAGACCCAACGACCGACCAGUCAAUAAGCCCAUACAUCAACAGCGACACAUCUUCAAUGUCACCACCUUCCUCGGCAUUCCAUACGCCAAACCUCCCAUUAUUGAGGGAAGAUUUAAGCCACCACGUCGGGUGGAGAACUGGUACAGCACCUGGCAGGCCAUAGACUUUCAGAGUGCCUGUCCCCAGAACCUCAAGUAUGUGGGAGCCUCCAAUGGGAUCAGGAACGGCAUUCAUGAAGAUUGUCUAUAUCUUAAUAUCUUCACACCCUCGGUAUCCAUCAACAUAAAUGACCUGUAUCCGGUAAUGUUCUAUAUCCAUGGCGGAGACCUUGACCAUGGUGCUAGCAACCAGUUUCCAGGACACAUGUUGGCUGCCUGGGGCGAAGUGGUUGUUGUCACCAUCAACUACAGACUAGGUGCCCUCGGAUUCCUGAGCACAGGAGAUGUCAAUUCACCUGGUAACUAUGGUCUAAUGGACAUGGCCAUGGCAUUAGAGUGGGUUCACACCAACAUCCGGUUUUUCAAUGGAGAUCGCAAUAAGAUAACUGUAUUUGGUCCAGGAGCUGGAGGUGCCAUGGCUGGCUUACUUGCUGUACUGCCUAAGACCAAGGCCUUAGUCAGUCAGGUUAUAUCCCAGAGUGGAUCUCCUCUCGCAGAUUGGGCAGCACUCGAUGAUGUAUAUAGAGUUCAGAAUACCUCUCGUGUUUAUGGUUUGGAAGUUGGCUGUACAGUUGAGUCAUCCUACAAACUUCUGCAGUGUCUAAACCGUCGCAGCUAUGAAGAAUUGGCAUCAGCACCCAUCACUCCAGAUGUAGGCACUUUUGCUUGGGGUCCUGCAGUUGAUGUUAACUUCACAGUCCCUGGAGAUGAUUGGUACUUGGACUGGAAGGAGAAAGAUUGGCACAUUCUACCAGAACUGCCAUUGACAUUGUAUAAAAAAAAUCACCAUCAUCCACAGUUGCGCUACCUUACUGGGGUCAACAGGGAUGCAGCAGCCAGCAUGGUUUUUGAUGAUAACCGCUUAGUUCGUGAUCUUCAUGUUGUCACAGAAGACUUCUUCAACCAGCGGAUUAAAGACUGGGUCAGACACUAUAAUUACUCGCUCAACCUAGAAGGUGCCUAUGAUGCUAUAAAAUGGAUGUACACAUAUGGCCCAGAUCCACACAACACUACACACAUCAGGGAAGAAUAUGUCAAUAUGCUCUCUGAUGCUCUAUACAAGUCUGCUGUGGACCAGCUAGUGAAAGUAUUGGUUAACUCAACCUCCAAGUACAGUGUUCCUACCUAUUACUACCUUCUCAACACAACAGUAGAGGCCCUCAAACUUCCUUUUUGGAGAGAGAUUCCCAAUAACAUUGAGUACUACUUCAUCUCUGGUGCACCCUUUAUGGACCCAGACUUCUAUCCAGAGAAGUUUCGUGUAUCCCGUGAGCAGUGGAGUGAGGGAGACAGGAACAUCUCUGAGUUCAUGAUGAGAACCUUUGCUAACUUUGCUAAGUGGGGGAACCCCACACAGACUCAAGUUGAUAUACUGAAAGUGAACUGGGAACCAGUACUAGAAGGGAAUCUUAAAUACCUCAGCAUUAACACCACUUUCAACACUACCAUGCACUACAAUUACCGUCAGCCAUACAACACCUUCUGGUCUACAUAUAUACCUCAAGUUAUACGGGAAUGGGUGCCCACCGUUCCACCACCAGUUAAUCCAUGGACACAGCUGAGUCAGCCCAUUGUAGCAGCAUUUUAUGGGGCUCUGGCAUUCUGUGUGGUCCUCCUGGUCAUACUAUUUGUGUGCUGUGGACUGUGGAAGUCUGCUAAGAGACAGCAGAACAAGGCGCUGACAGACUUGGUGUAUUACAAAACGGAGACUGAAGCCCUUAGCAUCGGAGAACAGAAUGAUACAGAGGAACAAAGCCUUGGAUGAUCUCCAGUAUUUCUCAACUGACAACAUUGGGCCAGCACACGAGUCUGAAGAUUACAAAGUAAGAGAAUAUCUGGAUAAGUUAUCAAACAACAAUCAUCAGGAACAAUCACGUUCUGUCACACCUAAUACAGUAAUCACCGAGACCCCUGAGUUCUCAGACAGUACCAUCACUAAGUUGAAGGAACCUUACCGUUCAGCCUAUCCAAAUUCUAAUAUGGCAAAAUCAGUGGAUCAACUUGUUAACCAGUACCAUCCUGCUCAAAAUGCUCCUUCUAUGUCAAGGUCUACAGACAACAUUAUGCAGAAUUACCAAGGUGGCUAUGGAAGAUCUGGAAUGGGUCCAGAGCUCAGUGGAAGACAACUUCAGCAGCCACAGCAGCAGCGUCCUGUUACCCCCAGCUCUGUGGUUCACUCCGAACCUAAUGGCCAGCCCUCCCGGGACUACAUGACUCAGCCACUGGUACAGUAUACAGAGUCUAAGGUGAGCACUCCAGUACCUGCUAUGAGGACUUCUAUUGCCACCAUAACUUCCACAACUGGCCUCUUGCACACAGAAUUGUGAUCCUACCUCAUCUUUCUUAUUUACCUAGGUUUUCCUUAAAAAUGCCAUAAGAAUACCAUGGGUUAUCACACUCGUGUACUUACCAAAAAUAGUUAUUCCUCCACUAAUAUGGAUAUAACCUUUCAUGUGUAUUAAUCAAUUUUGUACUGAUAAACUCUUGAAGCUGAACUUUUGUCACAAAGCAAUGCUUUUGUAAUGUUCUUUUCGGUGCCAAAAUUUCAACUUUCAGGGCAUUAUAAAUAUGUAAAUAAUUUCUACUUUGAAAGACAAUCUGUCUACAUGUGUGUUUAAUGGGGUGGAUCUGCAGCUUGUGGAAUGCCUUGUUCAUUUGACCAAAAGCUCCAGUUAGUGAGUCAUCAUGACUUAGGAUAACAUUUUUUCUGAUAAAGGGUCUGUUUCCAGUUGAAUAUAAUCACCUGAGACUGCUACACUAGAAUAUAUAAUUAGUGUGGUGUGUAAAGCAGGACGUUGGAAGCUGUAAAACUGUAGUGGCCAUGGAAAGCAGCAGCAAAAGGGAUACUAAAACUUAAAUUGUAACUUGUAAAUGUGGUGUAUCAUCACUCCGUCUCUUUACUUAGUCUGCCUUCACCCUCUCACCUUUUAUGCACCAGAUUUAGACAAAAAUGCAAACUUGUUGAUUAAUAUAUGUGCUUUCUCAAAAAUAUUGUAUUCAGCAGAUUUAUUGAUUUUGUUUAUCGUGAGAAAUAAAAUUUAAUCAUGCCAAAUGUAAGGUCAGAAGUGCAAGUUACUCCAGUACUUCCGUGUGUCAUUGAAGUAAAAUUGGAAUGCUCUGUUAUAUCAAAAUUCUUCAGAGCAAAGAAUUGCAGUUUUGUCAGAAAACAUAAACUUAAUCAAGUUUGACAGAAUUAACAUUUGUUUCCUGUUAUAAUAAUCGGUAUAAUUUUAUACUAUAAUCAGUAUUGUUGUAUUGUAACGGUUUAUAUUUAAGCUCAUUGUUAUCUUCAAAGCUAUAUGAUGUACCCAUAGCUGGAAGUGAUUUUUUUAGUCAACUGUUAUGUUGAUAUUAGUGAUAUCUAGAAAAAAUAAUUUACAAGACAAUUUCUUAGGUACCAUGUUUAUGCGAGAAGGUACUGUAUUUUAAAAUAAGCAGAGGUACUAGUAUUAUUUACUGUGAAGGAUAGUACACUUGUGGCACCUUUCAAAGCUUAAAUAAAAAAUUCUGGUACGUUUCAACAGUUCCUAAAUAUUGUUGUGGCAUCCGUCUUUGACCUACAGUUCAGACUGAUUAAAAUUUCAGCUCUGAUUAUGUAAUGACAUUCCAUUAUUAUUACUACAUGUUUGUGUGUUUUUUUUUUUUUUUUUAUCACACUGGCUGAUUCCCACCAAGGCAGGGUGGCCCAAAAAAGAAAAACUUUCACCAUCAUUCACUCCAUCACUGUCUUGCCUGAAGGGUGCUUUACACUCCAGUUUUUAAACUGCAACAUUAACACCCCUCCUUCAGAGUGCAGGCACUGUACUUCCCAUCUCCAGGACUCAAGUCCGGCCUGCCGGUUUCCCUGAACCCCUUCAUAAAUGUUACUUUGCUCACACUCCAACAGCACGUCAAGUAUUAAAAACCAUUUGUCUCCAUUCACUCCUAUCAAACACGCUCACGCAUGCCUGCUGGAAGUCCAAGCCCCUCGCACACAAAACCUCCUUUACCCCCUCCCUCCAACCUUUCCUAGUGUGAAAAUACCAGUGAAAAACAAACCUGAGCACUUUUGUGUGCUUAUACACAUCUUCAGUGAAUGUAAGCACACAAAAGCAUUUAGGUGUUUAACAUAAAACUCAGCAUGAGUUAUGCAUUAGUUUCAUAUAUCUUUGGCAACAUUAGCCCUUAAACUGUCCAAACAGAUUUACAUUCACAUGCGUAGUGCUCCAAAAGUAAAUGUUUUUUUUUUACAUAUUUUCAAAAAAAUAGAUGAUCAAAGUUUUUUACACGUUUACAAAUGUAAAAAAAAAAAAUUACAUUUUUUACAUUAAAAUGUCGAAAAAACAUAGAUCUACGUUUGGACAGUUUAAGGGUUAAAGCCUGUCGAGACUAGGCUGUUGUUAUUCUAAAUGUAAACAUCAAUAACUACUACAAAUAGAUUUGCUACUGGAGACACUUUCAGACAGGCACUAAAAAUAACAAAAGUCAAGGUUUUUCUGGUCAUACAUAAUUUGUUUUAUGCUUUUGAAUUUGACCAAGGUGCAUUAAUGCAUCUGAAAGGUAAUACUACCUAUCAUUUAUGAUUUAACACUGCCUUAAUCCUGUAAAUGUGACCACACAUAAUUGUAGGUAUUUUUUAAUGUAUAUUUAGUUUAAAAAAUAGUAUAUAUAGAACUGUAACUCUCAAGACUAGUUCAGUGCAAUGAACAACGGUAUGUUGACACAGUUGAUUUAGUUUUGUGAUUUUUGUGGGUUAAGUGACCAAACAAUAUUAUUAUAAUCAAAGGGGAAGCGCUAAACCCGUAGGAUUAUACAGCGCCCGGGGGGGGGGGGAUGUGGAAGGCAUUCAGGCUUAAUUCGGGGAACUGGAGCACAGUUCCAAUUCCCUAAAUCAAGAGCCCCUCACCAAGACCAAACAAUAGUAUAGCAAUUAAAAAAUUAUUUGCACUCUAACUUCUUGUUUAGCCCCUCUUACAAGUCAUGUUAAAUUCUUUAUGCUACUCUAAGUCAUGGCAGCCCACUAAUUACAGCAUACAAGGUAUGCCUCAACCCACAAGGGAUUUAGUUUCCUGUGAUGCAGGUGUGGGCACCAGGUACAGUACUCUCACUUGCUCACACUCUGGAUGAAAUACUUGUACUAAAAAGCUCAUAUCUAAAAAAUAUUAAUUUAUAAGUAUUAAUACUGUAUAUAAGAGUAUUAUAAUGCAAGAGUUGUGGAAAUACACGUGUCAAGAACGUCCAAAACUUCUUGGUAGGGACACUAACAACUGAUAAAAUGUAUCUAAUAUACUUUGCAUUUUGUAAAUAUAUUUUUCAAUACUUUGUAAAUAAAUGUUCUUUUGAA